CUGUUAAAUCCCUCUGUCUGUCAUCUCACUUCAAACUUUCUGCACAGAUCAACAGGUGAAGAGUUUGAGUAGGUGGCUCCAAGGCGUGUGUGGCCUCUCCCCUUCUCCCCUGUGACCUCCGAACCCCAGAAGAUCUUCUCCCCCUCCCCUCCCUGAGGCCAGACUCUCAUCGAUGGCGCUGGGGACGCUGCUGCGCUUCGGGAAACAGUUGCUGAGGGUGAAGGUGGUAAAUUGUAACUCAGAGGACUCCCGUCUGUCCCGAUGCCUCAACACCUUUGACCUGGUGGCCCUGGGUGUUGGCAGCACGUUGGGCGCUGGUGUUUAUGUGCUAGCUGGUGCCGUUGCAAGGGAGAAUUCAGGUCCUGCUAUUGUGCUGUCCUUCCUGAUAGCAGCUUUAGCUUCAGUGUUGGCUGGUCUUUGCUAUGCUGAGUUUGGAGCUCGUGUCCCCAAGACGGGCUCGGCCUACCUUUACUCCUAUGUGACUGUAGGAGAACUCUGGGCCUUCAUCACUGGAUGGAACCUUAUCCUCUCCUACAUUAUUGGUACCUCCAGUGUGGCCCGUGCAUGGAGCGCCACCUUCGAUGAGUUGGUAGGGAAGCGCAUAGAGCAGUUCUGCAGAGAGUACAUGUCCAUGAAUGCACCGGGAGUGCUGGCACAGUAUCCUGACAUGUUUGCAGUUCUCAUUAUUAUCACUCUGACAGGUCUGCUGGCAUUUGGGGUCAAAGAAUCGGCAAUGGUGAACAAGGUUUUUACAUGUAUCAACAUCUUAGUGUUGUUGUUCAUGGUGGUCUCUGGCCUGGUCAAAGGCACUAUGAAAAACUGGCAGCUGGACCCUGAAGAGAUCCUACAUGCCAAUUAUACAAGGAACUCCAGUCACAAUCUGACAGACAUCCUGCCAACCAAGGAGAGUUUAGGGGUGGGCGGCUUCAUGCCGUUUGGUUUCACGGGUGUCCUGUCGGGAGCUGCUACCUGCUUCUAUGCCUUUGUAGGAUUUGACUGCAUCGCCACCACAGGUGAAGAGGUGAAGAACCCCCAGAGAGCCAUUCCUAUCGGCAUCGUGUCCUCGUUGCUCAUCUGCUUUGUGGCGUACUUCGGUGUUUCUGCCGCGCUCACCCUCAUGAUGCCAUACUACCUGCUGGACAGCAACAGCCCUCUGCCUGUAGCUUUCAAAUACGUGGGCUGGGGAGGAGCCAAAUACGCCGUAGCUGUAGGCUCUCUUUGUGCUCUGUCUACCAGCCUGCUGGGUGCUAUGUUCCCUAUGCCCCGUGUGAUCUGGGCUAUGGCUGACGACGGGCUGCUUUUCAAGUUCAUGGCCGAGAUCAGCCCCCGUACCAAAACCCCGCUAAUUGCAACCCUCACCUCUGGCAUGGGUGCAGCAAUCAUGGCGUUUCUGUUCGACCUGAAGGACUUGGUGGACCUGAUGUCAAUAGGGACGCUGCUGGCCUACACGCUGGUGGCUGCCUGUGUCCUGGUGCUCAGGUACCAGCCUGAGCAGCCCAGCCUGAUGUAUCAGAUGGCCAACACACAGGACGAAGGGGAGAUGAGCGACGGCAUCAGCGUCCCCAGCAUGGGCAUCCUGCCUGGCGUGGAGGAGAGGUUCAGCUUCAAGACUUUGUUGUUUCCAGACAACCCUGAACCAUCCUCGCUGUCAGGAUUCAGCGUCAACAUCUGUGCCUCUGCCUUGGGUUCGUUGAUCCUGGUAUUCAGCAUACUGGCAGUGCAGGGAGGAGCUGCGGGGUGGAACAUUGUAGCCCUCAGCGUCAUCUUCAUGGUGUGUCUCGUCCUUGUCUUCAUCAUCUGGAGGCAGCCUGAGAGCAAGACCAAACUCUCCUUUAAGGUUCCCCUGCUACCCUUCAUUCCAGUGAUCAGCAUGUUUGUCAAUGUCUACCUGAUGAUGCAGCUGGAUAGAGGCACCUGGAUCAGAUUUUCAGUCUGGAUGGCUAUAGGUUUUGUGAUCUACUUCUGCUACGGCAUUCAUCACAGCACCGAGGCGGCUGUUGCUCGCUCGUCUCCAGACACAGAGAUGAACGGCUUCAAGCACGACCAAGAAUUAGAACCAAUGUCCCCAGAAAAGGAGGCCUUCCUGCACAAUGGCAUUGGCGCCAUGGAGGAGGAUGAUGGAGAUCUGUAGAGAACUGCUUCCAUGCCAACCAGCGUUGACAUUAGUCUGUCUGCGUUGGAGUAUUUUUGACAGGAAAACUCCCAGUCCCUGACUGGUGGUACUCCCUUCUGGGCAAAGCAAUGAUAAGUAACUUGGACCUCAAAUUCACAAACCUCUGACUUUCCCCUUCGACUGCUGGGUAGAACUCGGAAAACUGACAGUAAUACUCGUGCCAAAACAGCCUCAAUUGACCUGUUCUGUAUCCUCAAGAAGGUCAUUACCCCCUUUUGCUUGGCCUUGAGCUUCAACUGCUCACUAUCGCUUGGCUGUCUGAGCAGGGAGGAAUCGUGUUGGAGACAUUAAACAUGUCAGUGUUUAAGGGAGGUUUGGAGAUAGCGGGAGAUGAUAUUAUCUGUGUCUCUUCAUGUUGGGAUGUAGUUACUUCUUUGGAGUGUGUCUGGGUUACAUUGCUGGGAGUAGAACUAUGGGCUGACGUCUGGCUGCCAAGACGUCCUGCAGCAAUGCAUUUUUAUAUUUCAUUUUUUUGUUAAAACACAGCUAUAUAUAUCUUUAUAAUUCUAAAAAGCUGAUAACUCGUGUCAGUAAUAAAUACAGAUUGGUACAUUCUGUAAAACAUACCAAUUCUUAUGUAACUCGUUUUGAAAUGCUGCUCUGACUGUCCUCCCUGAUUAGAGGGAGUUGGCACAACGCACAAUACAUAAAAACACUUGGCUUGUCAGUGAUGUAAUUCAAAAAUCAGUGGCUGCAUGUAUAAGUGGGGCAGCAGGAAGCCACAUCUUACAGUUUCUGCGUAUCCAGUUUUAAAUCUAAAGUGUUGCAUUGAUACCAUAUGAGCUGAUGUCCUGUUGCAGUUACUCAAUGUGGUUUCACUGCAGGAUUUUGUCUUCUCAAGAAGCAAUCAUCAGCAAUCAUAAGCCAUCAGUCUGCAACUUAGAAUGCAGAAACUGCUGUUACAAGACAUCUGAUUGGAUGGUUCCUCACCCGGAGAUAGGUGAUGGUGGAUUUUCACAGUGCUGGCUGCUGUGUUUUUGCAUAUGUAGCUUGUAACAAUUAGUUUUGUCUUUUUAAAAACAACAACUUUUUUUGCCAACUGUCCUCUUCUUUUUUAAAUGCAUGUUCGGUAGAAUAUGUUUGUCCUGAAUUUGUUCGACAUCUGUUUUCAUGUUUCGUGAUGUGUUUUUAUUACACCCUUCCUAAAACGUCUCUAUUGUGGUUUUUCAAAUUAUGAAUCUGAUUCAGCUUAACAUUUACAGGUAAGUGAAAGCUUACGAAAAAAUUGAUGAGGUGGAAUUUGACACACUUGUACAUUUAUUUGCAUCUUUUUUUUUUGUUUGUUGUCAUUAAAGUAUCGAAUACUUUUAGAAAUCUUUUUUUCUCUCUCUCUUUUAAUUAAUUCACAAGAUUAGUCCAACAGUUUAUAUUGCUCUCCCAUAACAUUGUGGGUUUAAAAUGAACAAAAAUUAAAUAUCAAAACUGAAGCAGCAGAACUAGAUGUAUUCUUCAUUUGACUCUGUGCAGUGUUAGAGCUUGCCUACAUUACCCACAAUGCAACUCCAACCAGCUCCCUCUGUCACUACAAAAGACAUUGCGCAACUUUAUUUCUAAAUAACAGAUCUCGAUGUGUAAAAUCAAUCUCAUCUCAUCAUUUGAAUCUGGAUAGCAGUUUGUUUUGAGAAUCCUUCACAACUAAGUAGCUGUCAGUCAAAUUGUGUAUAUAAGAAGUUGUGUAUAUUUCUUGCAGUAAAUUAUUUGUAAAUCGGAGAAAAGGCUUUUUGUUAUUUUGAAUGACUUGCGUCUGUCUUUAGAUUUUCUUCUGUUUUACUUCUCUGUAUGUGUCCGACAUUGUGCUUCUUAUGUUUACAUGAUCAGUGCAACGGAAAGUGUGUGUCCUCGGGUGAUGAAGGCAACAAAGUCAUGGCCUUGAACACUCUUUUAUCAUGUGCCUUACAUUUAUUACUUAUACAACAAAAAAAAAGUUGCAGUUACAAAACUAGGAGAGUGAUAUGUUGCUGUGACUGUGGCAGUAACAAAUUGUGUAGUUUUGUAAUAAAAAUCUGUGACGUCACGUGAUUACAGCAACAAUCUCUUCAUACUUUACACAAAACAUGACUGAAAUUAAGCAUUAGCUUCUUUUUAUUUUGUUAUUCUUUAAUAACAAAUGUGUAGUUUCACAGACAAACUCUCACAGUAAAGAAAGGAAUCAUGUGCAUAUCAAAAUAUAUCUAUCUGUUGUGAAACCUCAGUGUUAUUUUCUGAAAAAAAAAAAAUAUAUAUAUAUAUACGCAUAUAUAAAUAAAUGUUCCUUUGAUGCUGCUUUAAAAGUUUCUCCUUUUACAGAAGUCAUGCUGCGUUAUGAGGCUUUUGAUGUUUAAAUACUAUCAUCAGUGCUGAUGACCAGCUGCUUCAUGUUUAUGUCAUUUUGCUUCACUUUUAUCAGACUUUUUGUAGUUAUUAUUGCUGGCUAUUUCUUUGGCUCUUCCAGUGUGCUUAAAAUUAAUAGUAAAAUUCUGUGUAUUGGGUUUACAUCAAUGGGUCAUUUAUUAUGAGUGGUUUCUCAUUUUGUUAUUCAUGUUUGUGGUUCAGUUUUCCUUCACUCAGCUUUGCCUCGCUGAAAAGAGUUUUCAUCUUGCUGCAUUUAUUCACAAAUCUGUAUCUUUCUAAUAGCGUCUCCUCAUCCUUAUGUCAAGAAGUUGGAAGUUCACUCUUGAAAUCUUUAGGUCCAGUUACCAGCUUAUAGGCAUCUCACAGCCUUCAUCAGCAGAUGGAGAUUUGCUCAGUUGUCAUGGAGAUAGCUCAGUUGUAUCAGCGUUGACAUGGAGGUGGUCGAAGGUUCACACUUACUGUAGGUUAAAUGACUAUAUGACUGCUGGAACUCCAUCUGCUGAGGAAGGCCCUGAAAGCACUAGAAAAACGAGUAACUGGAACUUGAAGUAAGCAUAUUUGCAAUCAUGCCUGUGGCCUGCAGAUGCAACAGAGCAGCAUCGCGUGCAGCUUCUGAGCAGCUGCAAACUCCUAACAAAGAAAGAGAGAAAUGUUGUAACCCCCUCUGUUGUUUCACAUUUCUUUACUUUGGUGCCAUCUGCUGGUAUCAUCAGCAAGGAGGCAAACCUGGGCAUCCUUAGAAUGGGACACUUCUCCUGCAAACAAAUCCUACACACAGAAACUUUGGUGGACAGAAAGCACGAGUCUAAAAUGCCUAAAUAGUUUUGACUCUGUAUCACUUUUUUGUUUUGUUUUGUUUUGUUUCAUGCAUCACUUCUGUAAAUAAAACCAGCUUUUCAGAAUCCAGAA